AUGGUUCAUCAGAGUGGGCGCGACAAAUCGAAGAGUUUAAGCGGUGGGUCCGUUGGCAAAAAUAGUGGUAAUGCCGGUGCUGGCAGUGGCACCAUUAUGGACCCUGGCCGCGAUAUGAUGCCCUCGGAGUCGUCUCCAAAUAACAGCGCGACAGCAGCAGCAGUGAACAGCGUUGGAACCGGUGGUGCUGCACCCGUAAAUACCACCUCCAUGCCUUAUGCCGGUGCCGGCGUUGAGCGAAUAUCGCACGAACAGCCCGUCAUCAAACGCCAGCGGAUAGAGGAGCACGAUCGGGGACCGUUGAAGCCAGCGACGCACCAUGAACCGGCCAACAACAAAGGACUCCCGACAACGGGUACCACCGUCACGGCUUCCGGUAGCACGAGUGGAGCUUCGUCUGCCUGUUCGUCAUCGACGUCACUGUCAUCCUCGCCUUCCUGCUCGUCGUCGAAACUGAUCCACUCCUCGCUGGACCACUCGUCGUCCGACGACGAGCCGCAGCAUCUGCAGACGCAACAACUGUCGACGCCAAAUCCCGGCGGAUGGCUACCCCAUCAUCAGCAUCAUCAUCAUCACCAGCACCAUUAUCAUCAGCACCAGCCACGUUUCGAACACCAGCAACCACGGGCGACACGGCCAUUUCAGGAUGCGAUCGCAAGGCAGUGUCUUUGUACGGUCGAAAUGGGUGCGCUACUGGUGUCUUUUCAGCCUCCGCUCCUGUUCACCGGAGGGCGGGAAGAAACCAUUGCCGGUGCCAUCCACCAGUAUCAACCGUUGGCCGAGUGGCCGGUGGAGCAUCUGCUGAAGUUCCUCUCCAACGUUCAGCUCCUGUUCGACACGUACCUGAAGCAAAACAUUAAGGGAACCAUCUGCACGGGAGUGGUUCACUUGUUCGACUAUCUGAUCCACGGCGACCGGCACCAGCAGCUGGUGGCGCUCGACGUGGACGAGCUGAUUGGACUGUGUGGCCACCGGAACCGGUACAUUAGCUAUCUGGCGGGUCGCAUACUGACCUCGUUCCUGAUCAUCGUCAAGGACUACCGCUGGAUGGAGAAGAUCGUCAAGAACCUGUUCGACUAUGGGCGGGCGAAUCUGCUCGCGUCCGACUUUCGGACGGUGCAGAAGAUCGACUUCGGUCUCGAGGUGAUCAAGCGUAUCGUGGAGUGGAAGGACGAAAUGGAACACCCCCUGGAGGAGGAGACGGCCGGUGGAGGCCCUUCGCUGGCGGACAAUUACUUCGCGACGCACUACGCUUCUAGCCAGCCAGCGGCGGCGGCGGCGGCCAGCAGUAACAUUUUUCGCCCAGCGACAUCCGCAUCAUCUGGCGGGGACGACGAUGACGAGAGCAACGAGGACGAAAUGGGUGCACCGUCCGCGUCGAACCCGAGCACCCCCGGAACGGCAUCUAGUCAAGAAGUGGGCGAAGCGACCAACGGCCAGUGGCCGCUCCACUCGCUCACCAGUCCGUCCUCAGCCUCGUCCGACGCCACCGGCACCGUCGCCUGUCGCCACAUCACGCUCACCGACUCGGAAAGCUUCGACACGAAGCGCAUCAAGUUCGAAACGAUCAACAUCCUGAGCGUCGAGUGGCCUCGGCUGGUGAAGAGCAUCAACUCGCUGUUCCAGUCCCUCACCAACAGCGCCCACGACGCGUCGGUGCGCGUGGCCAACGAAACCUGCAUCCUCACCUUUCUGCGGCUCUGGGAAAGCAUCAUCAGCGUGAAGGCGAAUCUGUCCGUCCUCGACACGCAACGAUUUCACGAGCAGCUGCACGAAGUGUUCCAGCUGCAGCUGCUGGGCACGAAGAACUGUGUCAUCUACCGGCAGAUGCUGACCCUGUUCAGCGAAGCGCUGUGCUACGGAAGUACGCUCGCCCUGCAGGACUUUAUCCCGGAAACGGUGGGGAAGCUGGCGGAAAACGUCGUGAAAUCGGUGAAGGACGGCAUACUGAACAACAUCCCGAAGGCAACGUACAGCAACCACAUCGGGUUCCUCGGCUACAAGGGCCCGGUGGUACGGUACCACGAUCGGAGAUUGCAGCGGGCGGAUGGUGACGGCGGUGACGGUGACACCCUGGUGGUCGGAUUACCUACCGGAGCCGCUGGCGGCGGUGGUGUCGGUGUACCGGCACCACCAUCGCCAGCGCACGGCGAAAUGUGCUACGAUCGGACGCUGCUGCAAAAGAUGGCCCUGCUGGUGCUGAAGGCGGUCGCGGUGAUUGGGAAGGAGAUUCGGUGCGACUCGAGUGACUCGAGCGUCGACAGUAGCGACUACGACAUGCAGGAGAUCCAGAUGAUUGAGCUCAGCAUCUGGAACGUGGUCGGGAAGCUGGAAACGUUUCUGAAGGCGCAGCUCGAGUUCCACCCGGACACGCACUUCAGCAAGGUGAUGAUCCACCUGUUCGACGAUCAGGACGACUACCUGGUCGAGGCGAUGGUGUGCACGCUCGACGUCACGUCCGGCAUCUCGUUCCGGCACUACGUCCGCACCGAGCUCCACGUUCCCGAUGCCAUCAAGGACCUGAUCGCGAUGCUCAAUCCGGUGUACACGUUCAUCGAGUUCUCCAACCUGGGGCCGAACAUCACGCAGCUGUUCCUCGAUCUGCUCAUCAGCACGGAAACGUGCUUCCUGCUGUUUCUGCUGCGCUUUCUCAAGUACAUCCGCCAGAACUGGCCGAUGUUCACGGAGAGCUGCUACAAUUAUUACCGCCACAAUAGCUACAGCAAUGCGUCGACGUUGCUGCAGAAUCGAUUGUACCUCGCACCGGCGUCGGCUGGCGGUGACGCUGGUGGGCCGACCGCCGGCGGUGGGCUUGGUAACGGGGCGGUGCUUGCGGGCAUGGGUGUCGGAACGGCGGCCGCCAACUCGAACGCCAUACUGGACAGUGUGAUGACGGUGCUGGUGAGGUUGCGGAUGCAAAUCAGUCGGCUGGUGGCCGACGGGCUCUUUCCGUACGACAUUUGUCCGAUACUGAGAUUGAUAGAGAACUGCGAGGAGCUGUACGAGGGCAGCGAGCUAAGUUGAGUCGUCCUGUUUCCGAAGAGGUUGCCGGCGUCGAGUGUUUGUAUAUUUUUCUAAUUUAUAUCAUACGCUCUCCCAGGCGUGUGUGGUGCUGAACUCUUGCAAUGAGCACUUUCCGCAUUUUGCGAUCAUCCCCCGAUCGUGCGAUCGUACAGGAGGAAGUAUUGUUUAUUUUUUUCCUUCAAGUUUGUCAAGAAGCUUUGCAUAGUUUUAGAUCGGAGAGCCAAUUGUGUUCUGAGGGGCCUUCCGUUUUAAUUAGUUCAAUUGUGUAUACGGCAGACUGGUAGCUGCCGGUUAUCUCCGGCAAGCCGGAGCAGGAUUUGUUCACAUUCCACGUCCCUGCGAUCGAAGCGAUAGUGUAAAUAAAAUCAAUCCAUGCACGUCGAAACCAGCGAUCGGUCAAUGUGCGUAAGGUGGUAAACCUGCCCGUCCAUACCACUGACACCAGACUGUCUUCCAUUGGCUGCAUUCCAGUGUAUCGUUUGUAGAAGUUGUUAACGCGGAUGUACUUCGAUCGUUAUGCCAACAACCAAUCUUGCCCGAAAUCAAUCUAGUGUGCGCUGUCGCCCCAAACUAUUUGUACAAACGAACACACAAGCAACAAAGCGUUGCCUACUAGGUGCGGCCCGGGGUUCGAGCUUUUUUGGGUGACGAACGAAACGUAGAUUAAGCAAACAAGUUCUUAGUAGGCUACUUCAGUUAGUGGACGUACAUUUUGAUUAAUUUAUAUGAUGGUUUUGAUGCUACUAAACCGUUUCACUAGGAAACGGGUAAUGUGCCUUUUUGCUAACGCGAAAUAUUCACUACGAUCGACAGAGUAAAGCCGAGA